AUGGUAUAUAGGGGUCAGUUUGGGAGAUUUGUUGGUAGUGGAUCGAGUCAGCCUACUACCAACUCUGCAGAGGCAUGGUUAGUGCAGGAAACGAUGUCGGGUGGUCCUGAGGGUGGGACUGUUAUCCCUAGUUUUGGCGGUCACGUGGCACGGUAUAUCUGGAUCGAGCAGGAACGUAGUGUUUUGCGUUGUUUGAGUAGGACAAAGUUAUGUUCUGACUUGUUCACUUGGAGAGGUCGUCAAUCUGUGGAGGACCUCGGGGCGAUUGAUGCUAGUUGGUUGUCUCACUUGCCCGACCUGAUGUUUAAAAGACUUGAUUGGCCGUUGAUUUCUGCUUUUGUUGAGAGAUGGCAGCCAGAUAUGAACACCUUUCACUUGCCAUUUGGGGAGAUUACGAUCUUGUUGCACGACGUGUACAACAUACUUGGGUUACGUGUCGUAGGCAAUAUGGUCACCACUACUCCUAGAACGGACGUGUUACGGGACGCGUGCUCGAUCACCAUGGAUAUGACUCCAGAUGAUUUGUCUGAGAUUUGCGGCACAAAGACCAUUUGGCAGGGUAGUGGGGUGUUGACUGAUAAGAUUUUUGAGUCGACAUUGGCGGUUGACCGGGAGUUUAGUGAUCAGCUUAAUGGAUACUUGUGGUUAGUGCUUGGAAGUACACUGUUUGUAGAUAAGAGUGGUAACCGUACGCAUCCUUCCUUCCUCCACGAGCUAUGUUACAUGGAUGUCCCUGUUAACGAGUAUGCUUGGGGAACAGCUGCACUGGCCUACUUGUAUCAGCAACUGGGCACGACAUCACGGAAAGGUGCUGAUUCGAUUGCUGGUUGUCUCACGCUUCUGCAAGCGUGGAUUUACGAGUACUUUCUGUGCUUUCGACCACAGUAG